GAGAGAAACGGUCGCAAAAUCUUCUAGCAGCUUUAGAAUUGGCAGAAGCCUUCAAGUCAGCAUCUCAGCUACAGUUGUGAACGGUUUUUGCUGCAAGCAGGAUUAAAAAAAUGUUGUGUGAAGUAAUUGAUAAAGCCAGAAAGCAGAGUAGUGGAAAGUGAUAACGCGUUACUCAAUCGGUGGUAAACAAGAAAAUUUCACGAAGAAACAGAAUAAAUCAGUCAAGAAAACUAGUGAAAGUGAACGUGAAAUGAAAUCGUUUUUAGUGGCAUCCUUCGCCUUCCUGGCGUAUCUUGGAAUAACCGAAGGGAUUAGUACAAGAGAUCUGUAUAGCUACAUCAACGAACCGAGCGAAGUUCUACCGCGUGGAGACGAGGAAUUUGUGGAAGUGAAACUAUCGACUCCUGUCCAUUUUUACAGCGAGAAAUACGAUCAUGUUUUUAUCAACACCAACGGCAUUUUGACAUUUGGAUCCGAAUUCCAGAAUUUUCUCAAUUUACCGUUCCCAAUAGAAUACCCAUCAAUCGCACCAUUCUAUGCAAACGUAGAUACCACGCUACCGAAUGAUACGGCCGCGAUAGUGUACUUUCAAUCGCAGGAUACGGAAUUGCUGGAUCGCGUUACUGAUCUAGUGCGUAACAGUUUCAGUGAGUCAGUUGACUUCGAAGCCACUCACGUAUUUGUUGCGACAUGGGAGCACGUGGGUCACUUCAACAUGAAGAAUGAUAUCACAAACUCAUUCCAAGUAGCGUUGAUUCUGGGUGAAGGGGCUACAUAUGUGCAAUUUCUAUAUCCAGAAAAUGGAAUCAACUGGGUUCAAGGAGAUACAGCUGACUCCGGGUUGCCGGAUGUUCGUGCGCAAGCUGGGUUCAUAUCCGACGAUGGAAGAUUUUUCCCACUGCAAGGUUCGGGAACGGAUAACAUAAGACACCUGACAGUGUCAUCGAAUGUUGGUGAACCAGGAAUAUGGUUAUUUAGGGUAGGACCACUGGAUCAGGACAGUAAUGUUGAAGAGCCUAAUCUGAUUGAUCAAGAUGCUGCGUAUGAACCACGUACUUGUGCGGAAGGUGGUCAUUUCAAGUGUCACUCUGCUGCAUCGUGUAGAGAUACGAGAGGUGGUUUCUGUUGUACGUGUAAAUCUGGGUAUUAUGGAAACGGAUUUAGCUGUGUAAAAAACGAUGUUCCGCUACGGGUUGUUGGUACAGUAAAAGGCAAAGUGAACGAUUGGAUUAUCGAUACGCAGAUGCAAUCGUACGUUGUGAUGAUUGACGGUAGAACAUACACGGCUCUAAGUCCGCUGGAAGAUGACAUCGGUACAACGUUGCAGUUGACUCAUACUCUUGGGGCUAGUAUUGGAUGGUUGUUUGCGAAACCUAUUGGAAAUGUUUUUAACGGAUAUCAGAUUACCGGAGGAAAGUUCAAUCAAACCGCAACGAUCGAUUUUAAUGAUAGUCGUAACAAUCUACGAAUGAACCUUCAAUUUAACGGACUAAAUUUGUGGGAUCAACUUUCCGUUGACAUACACAUAGAAGGUCAGGUUCCACAGAUUCCACUAGGAGACAAAUUGCAAAUCGAAGACUAUUCUGAAGUUUAUCAGAGAGCCGGUAAAGAUCGCUUCGAAGCGUACACAUCUCAUACAGCGCAUAUACCUUCGGAAGGUCGCGAUUUGGCGUAUAGUGUUCAUCAAGUAAUCACAAUUGAACCAUGCAAAUAUAUGGACCACAAUGAAAACACAUCCUUCCAAACUUCAACUCUGAAAACAAGUAAAAUCAACCUGGGAUACGAGCAACGUGAAAAAGCUAUUCGUAUGGGAAUGCUAAGCAAGAUCAGUUCUGGUGAAAAAUUAAAUCCAUGUGACGAUGCAAACUGCGGGGAUAACACAAUCUGUGUGCCGAACGCUGACGAUUCUUUCGAUUGCAACUGUAGAAACGGGUUCACUUACGUGCCUUAUGCCAACAACGAUCGUGUGAAUUGUGUCGACAUAGAUGAAUGUUCAGGUAUCAACAUUUGCGAUGAAAAUGCUCAAUGCAUCAAUGAACCGGGUGGCUAUAAGUGCAACUGCAAUGCCGGUUACGAAGGAAAUGGCUACCAAUGUGAUCCAACAGGGCUACAAUCCACUGCUUCCUCGUUCAUAGUUCCAACUCCUGCCAACACGUACUAUGAAGUCAAACCACAGAUAGAUAACAGAAAUGAUCGUUGUGAGUAUUGCUCAGAAUACGCUGAAUGUGUUCACGGACAAUGUGAAUGCAAGUCUGGAUUCGCUGGAGAUGGAUUUGUGUGUGAACAUCUUUGCGAUGAAGAUCAAGUAUGGAAUGGAGAGAGCUGCGUUAGGCAUGGAUCUACCGAGGAAUAUGAGAUCGCACCAUUUUGCACCGCUCAGGGAUGUACGUGUCCAACAGGAUAUACUCUAAUUGAAUAUGCAUUCGACCAAAUUUGUCGUUUGAUAGAAGCACAACCAGAUGAUCCGCAUCUACCAUCAUGUGACGUGGAGAACCAUUGCAGUCCACUGGCGAACUGUGAAUGGAACGAAAAUCAGUACCGGUAUGAAUGCGUGUGUAAUCCGGGAUAUGACGGUAACGGAUACACCUGUGUCGAGAAAGAAGUAUCUUGUCUAGACGAAGAGGACAUUUGCGAUCAGCAUGCUUCUUGUAACUACAUAGUCAGCUUGAAAAAGUCCAUAUGUGUUUGCAACAAAGGGUACGAGGGAGAUGGGCGCAGUUGUCAACUAGCUCCGGAAUGCAAUAUUGACGAUGACUGUGGGAUGCAUUCGAUCUGUGAUACAGGGCUUUGUGUCUGUCAGGAGGGAUUCGAACGAGAUGUUUCGGAUUUCUGUGUACGAGUUGGAUCAUGUGGUGGAGCGUACUGUGCAGAGAAUGCCAUUUGUAAAUGGGAUCAACUCCAGGGAAUCCCAUACUGUCAUUGUCCACCCGAAUAUAUUGGAGAUGGUGUUUUACAAUGUAAAUCGGUACCACCACCAUGUAAUGUACGCAACAACUGUGGUUUACAUGCUACAUGUGGUCCAAAUUUCAGGGAGCCUUCGAAGUACGAGUGUAUCUGCAAUCCCGGAUUUUUCGGAGAUGGUUUUGUAUGCACUCCUGAACGCAACUGCGCAAAUAUUCCAAGUCUGUGUGAUCCUAAUGCUAGGUGCGUUUCGACUACCACUGGGUACCAAUGCAUUUGCAAUGAGGGCUUCAUCGGCAACGGAAGCAUCUGCAGAACCGCUCCUCGUCUGGAUUCCGGUUUCUUGAUCAUCAGUCAAGGUGUAGCGAAUGUUAAGCUUCCUAUCAGUGGAACGCGCGGAAUACCUCUAACGAUGGCCCAAAUGGCCAUUGGUGUGGACAAGGACUGUGCGGAAGGUCGUAUUUAUUGGAGCGAUAUUUCGGCGAAACAGAUUUUCAGUUGUAAAUACGAUGGGACAGAUCGUAAGCCGUUCAUCACUAAAGAUAUUAUAUCACCGGAAGGCGUCGCUGUUGAUUGGAUAUCACGGCGAAUUUAUUGGACAGAUUCGGCAAAGGAUACUAUUGAGGUUGCCAGUUUGGAAGACCCCAAUCUACGAACAAUAAUUGUGUCCAAAUAUCUAGUGAAUCCAAGAGGGAUUGCCAUCGAUCCACAUCAAAGCAAAUUGUACUGGUCGGAUUGGAAUCGCGACGGUCCUAAGAUUGAAUGGUCCAAUCUGGAUGGUACGGAACGUCAAGUUUUGGUUAGCGGCCCAGAAGUUGAAUUACCAAACAGCAUUCAAGUAGCUCCUGGUACUGGUGAACUGUGCUAUGCAGAUGCCGGAACCAAGAAAGUUGAAUGCGUAGAUACAUAUACCAAACAAAUCCGAACGAUAGCUAGUAAUUUGACGUAUCCUUUCGGGUUAGCAGUUACAGAUGAUCAUUUCUAUUGGACCGAUUGGACAACGAAAAAGGUUGAGUCUAUCAAUGCGCAUGGUGAACGUGAAAAAGGUAUUCCCUCGCCAGUGUUCGGUAGUCACAAAAUGUACGGAAUGACUGCUGUCACGGACAAAUGUCCUCUGUUCCACAGCCCAUGCGUUAUCAAUAAUGGGGAUUGUCCGGAUAAAAGAAUCUGUUUGACAAAUCCAAGGGCUCCUUCUGGAAGAGGAUGCAAAUGUGCCGACAACAAUAACUGUAAUGAUGUUAUACUAGACUAUUAGGUCUAUCGGACAGACGCCGGGUAACUGCAGUAUUUCGAAACUAUUCGAAUCGUCGAGCGUCUACAAUAAUUAUAUGACAUUCAUAUCAUUCUUCGAGAGAAUGCUUAAUUUUAUGAUAAGUGAUAUAAUCUCCGAAUCAAUAUUAUAAGUCAUCAAUAACACGUUAGAGUUUGAUGAAAUAAAAUAAUACUUGUCACAGACAAAAUCGGUAUAUUCGCUUUAGGUAGGGUCUAACACAUUUGAAAUUUUUUUUCUAUUUUCUUAUAACAAAACAUUUCAAGAAUAUCCAGUGAAAUUUUCAAGCCUUUCGGAACAAAACAUUCUUGAAAUGUUUUAUUAUAACAAAUUAUAAAAGGAAAACAAUGAUUUUUUGAAAAUGUUAGACCCUACGGGCUCCCUAGAGUAACAAAUUGUUUCCAUUGAUUU